AUACCCGAUGUACUGGGCAAUACGCCGAUGAUUCUGCUCACGGCGCGAAGACAAAGCGGCGCGACGCGCGAGUAUGACACGGCGCGGCCCCACGGCGUCAGUCAGGCGUGCCCACGCCGAGCGAGCACACGCCGCCGCGCGCGCGCACCGUCCCGUCCCCGCAACCCGCCCCGCCGACACGAUGCGUGAGACCGGCUUGACAGCGCACCAGCUAACGCAGAACCACAUACUGCGCAUCGAUGAAGCUAAAACUAUGGAGCUAGUAGAACUGUACAAAGAAGAAGAAUGCUUGUGGAACUCCACGUUAGAUGACUAUCCCAACAAAGCUAAAAGAGCGAAGGCCGCGAGCAAAAUCGCAGAAAUACUCAACAUACCUAAUUUCGAAGGCAGACAUGUCAUGAUGAAGUUCAAAAAUCUACGAAAUUCUUACUCUCAAGAACUGAAGAAGAUAAAGCAAAGCAUAGACGAGCUUGGACCGGACUCACCGGAUGUGUAUCGACCGAAGGUACAAUGGUUUGGUCUGAUGGACUCGUUCAUACGACCACAUCUACAGGCGGCACGACUCCCCACUAUGCUUCAAUGCAAACGAGCGAGAGAAAAAGAAAUGGAGUCCAAAGUGAAGUUGGAAAUCUUCCAGAUAGAGGAAGACGAGUCGUGGGUGGGGCAGCAGCUGGACCAGGUGGAGGCGAACUACUCGCAGUCGGAGUACAUGAGCGAGGGCGAGGACCACUCCAGCCAGGGUCGGGCGAAGCGCCCGAGGCGGUCCAAGAGUCCGGCUGACAGUUGUAAUCAGAAUCAGAUAUUUCUGCCGAUGCAGGCGACUCCUGGCAGCGCUGGUAGGAGUGACGAUACGUUCGAUAACUUCGGAAGGUACAUAGCGUCGCUGCUGCGAGGGCUGCCGGCGCAGGAGGCGCUGCGGGUGCAGCCGAAGAUCGUGAGCAUGAUAGUGUCGCUGGCGGUGCAGCGGCCGCGGGAUGCGCUGGGCAAGGACGACACCAGCGACUCCGGCUGACAGACACGACACACACACGUCUCAUCGUUUAGUGGUUCAUUUAGCUCAAUAAGUAUGUCAAAUCUUAUUGUCGUUUCAGUAUUCAAAUUAUUUUCAUGUCUUUUGACUAAAUGUAAGAAUGAAACUGUGUUAAAAAUGUAUGCAGACGAAUGCCAUCAAUUAUCGACUUUGGGUCCUUUUUUUAAGAUCGAAAUUACUUCAAGUGUGUAAUUUGGUUGCUAGUUUAUAGUUUUUGUAAUUUUCAAGUUAAUGGCGAUGUUUUUAAAGA